AAUCAGCUAUGGUAUUUUUAUUUUCAGUUUCUGAGACUCAUUGACCCUACAACCGUAAUGGCCUCAUUCAACUUGAGCAGCUUCAAUCCCAGCCGUUUCAUUCUCUUGGGAAUCCCAGGACUGGAGCAGUUCCACAUCUGGAUUGGGAUUCCCUUCUUUGUUAUCUACCUUGUGGCCUUUGCAGGCAACGGUGUCCUUCUCUACCUCGUUCUCACGGAGCGCACCCUGCACGAGCCCAUGUUCUUUUUCCUUUCCAUGUUGGCUGCUACAGAUCUCAUCCUCUGCAAUACAUGUGUUCCCAAAACCUUCAGCAUCUUCUGUCUGGGUCCUCAGGAGAUCACGUUUCCUGGAUGCCUUACUCAGAUGUUUUUCCUUCACUUCAGCUUUGCCAUGGAUUCUGCAAUCCUGCUGGCCAUGGCAUUCGAUCGCUACGUUGCUAUCUGCUUUCCUUUAAGAUAUACCACCAUCCUCACGCGUCAGAUUAUUACUAAGAUCGUGGUGACUGUUAUCGGCAGGAGCUUUUGUAUCAUCUUCCCGUGUGUGUUCCUGUUAAAGCGAUUGCCUUUCUGCCGAACGCUCAGCAUCCCCCAUACAUACUGUGAGCACAUAGGCAUUGCCCGGCUGGCCUGUGCAGACAUCUCCAUCAACAUCUGGUACGGUUUUGCGGUACCGAUAAUGACUGUCAUGUCAGAUCUGAUCCUGAUUGGCAUCUCCUACACUCUGAUCCUUCGCGCUGUCUUUAACCUUCCAUCGCGGGACGCCCGCCAGAAAGCCCUUAGCACGUGUGGUUCCCAUGUUUGUGUCAUUCUUAUGUUCUAUACACCAGCUGUAUUCUCUGUCCUUGCCCACCGUUUUGGUCACAAUAUUCCUCACUCCUUCCACAUACUGUUUGCCAACUUCUAUGUUGCCAUCCCUCCUGCGAUCAACCCCAUCAUCUAUGGAGUCAAGACCAAGCAGAUUCGAGACAAAAUUAACUUCCUGUUUUUCCCCAAAGGAAACCAUUGAUAUGACACAGGGUUUGGGAAAGA